AUGAUGGACAAGGGAUCGGGUGCAGCCAAUGACACGCAACCUCUCAACAUCGACGACUUCACCGCCGCGCUUGAGUUUGACUUCAUAACGUCGAACUUUGUUAACAAUCAACAACUCGAUAUUACCAGCUUUGGACCCGGACAAGUCGAAAUCUCGCAAGAUUUACAGAGCGUUGGUUCUAUUGAACUUCUCGGUGAUCUUGGUGUUGAGUCAUCUCAUCAACAAGAUGCAUUUGCGAUUGGCCCCGCUGCCCCAACCGCUCUCGGUAGCCAACAUGUCAGUAUGGACUUUGCCGAAAGGCAACCCGUGAAUAACGUCAACCAAUUUGACGAGCCUAGCGUAUUUUUGUUUUCGGAAGCCUUGGGCGAUGGAGAGCCUAUGGGACACCUAUACUACAACGCCGCCGAAGAUCGGAACUCGCUUUUCAUCCAAGUCCCUCCGCAUUCUGAAGACAUGGCUGGCCAACAACAAUCAUCACCCGUACCCAACCACGGAGGACAUGGAGAUAUUGCAGCGACAAACCGGCCUCAGCAGACAGCAGAUUACCAAUUGGCUGGCCAACACCCGCAGACGGACGCGCUUCAAAGUGCCGCCAAAACGUCCGCCUUCUCCAGCGAUUACCUCUACUAG